AUGGUCCAACAUGACUUGAAUGCGCUUGGGUUUCCGAAUUCUUUCGAAGCUUGUACGAACCAAGACUUCAAGCCUGCCCCAAGAGCAGAUGCAAAUCCAAUUCGAGCAUCGCUGUUGACCGGUUAUACAAUGAUGCCAGGCUUUCCGCCGUUCACAUCGUCUCCGGAAUCCCGCAAGCCAUCAACAACUAGCUGGCGUAUGGUACCUGUAUGCAGUUCAAAUUUUUUAGUCUCAGCUUUGCAACUUCAGCAUGGUCAUCAGUGGAAAAGCCAAAGAUUCCACAGCACCUCGAGCUUCUGGAAGAAGGCGCAAACAUCGCGAGCCUGCAACAAAAAUUCCAUAUUGACUGAAGAGACCUUUUUAUUGCUCCAGAAUCCCGCUCUUCCUGUUACAAUCUGCUCACCACUUCUGGAUCCCACAGAAUACCGGGGAAAAAUGGUACAGUUCCGCGAGUUUCACGACGCGCCACACCGUCUAUACCCAAGCGAACUCUGGAAGCUCCGGCGGUUCCCGUACAUAAUCAAAACCAAACGCGAGCUCAAAGACAAAGGCGUGGUCCUCAAAUCCAGUCCCGGGGGGGGGGGGCACAAUUGGCACGCAUCCAUCAUCAACGAGCGGCAAGAGUUCUGCAUCCGUCGUGGUCUCCCUGUAACGCCAGCACCAACACGAAAGAAGAGAGGCCUCAUCUCACGUCUCCAGAAAGCGGAUGAAGACAUGGUAUUCAGGUUUCUGGAUCUACCGCCUGAGCUCCGGGUUCAAGUCUACGUCGCGUUCCUGGAAAGUAUUCGAGAAGAACUCCCGGAACACCCCAUCGACCGAGUGUACGUCCAGCCACCAAUCACUGCCGUUAACAGACUCAUCCGGCAAGAAGCUUUGCCAGAGUUUUACAAAGUGUUGCCGCCGAGGCUCGAAGUCUGGACAAGAGUCCCUGGAGCGACAGAACGGUGGUCCAACAGCUCUACGGCAUUCGCCGUGUGCAGCUUUUUGGCCGAGAAAUUCAUCACCAAAGCGCAUCGCGACACUUUGGAUCAUGUAAAGUCGCUGAAUCUGGUCGGCACCACCGAGGAAGGGGAUCCUGGGAGUGGCUCCUGGCAGAUUGAGCUCGACUUGCAUGCUGGGACAGCCAAGAUUGAUAUCAACGAGCUGCGCGAUGAUGACCUCAAAGCGAAGGUGUUUGCAAACAAGGAUCCAGUUCAGAUACAUCAGAUCAUGGCAAGAUCCAGCUACGCCCUCAAGAUUGGCGUGCAAUCCAGGCGCUCUUCAUGCCCAUUACGGAGGCAUGAGAGUAUGGAGCUUCCCGAUGAAUGGAGAAGGGCAUUCCGAGAGGACCAAGACUCGGCGUUGUCGAUUUUGCCAAUACUUCUUCUUGGAUUCUUCCAAUUCGAGGCCUUUCUUGCUGUACAACUGCGACUUCCAACUUCUGACUGUUGUUCUACUCAGCUCGUAAACAGACAACACCUCCGCAUCCUCAUCGGUACUUCGCUUCGCUCGGAUCAGUGCCUCCAGAGUAUGGGCCGUCAGCCCAUACAAGAAAACUAUAUUCAAGCCAUAACGCAUCGCUCAAGUAUCCUGCCAUCUCUUGCUUCCAAAUUCGUUAUUGUUCUCCACAUCACACCCAUCGGGAUGACGGAGCCUUCAUUCACAACACGCAUGAAGCGCAGGCGUGGAGAAGGAGAAGGGUGGUGGGAUAUCAUGGUCGACUUCAAGGCCGGAAAUGGUGCUGGCCAAUUGGGCAAGAAGGAUGAACCGGUGCAGGAGGUGAUGGACGCCAGGCUGGCGGGUUUCGUGGAGUGGCGGAAGGGUUCAGGCGGAAGGCUGAGGCUGCAGCUUCACGAUGUGGAUGCAGUGCAGGCGCUUACUGGGUUCAAAAAGCUUGAAGCAAAGCCAAGCGCCGCAUCGCACAACGGACUGAAUGGCCAGCAGCAAAGCAAUCCAUCAUACCACGUGCAGAAAGUCCCGUCGCCGAGAAAGUCGCAGGCCCGAAGGCUACCACAAUAUAGACUCUAA